UAAACCAUAACCCACCAUGACAUUCAUGUGGAAGUAAGUGAUGAUUGAAAGGCUUUAAAUUUUAAAAAUUUCGAAUAAAAUCGUGAAACACCUUUAUUGGAUCUACACAAAAUUAUAAACAGUUGAGCGUAACAGAAAUUGGCGACAAAGCACUGCUCUAUCAAAAUGGACAAACCGAUUGUACUGGUUCUGUCGGUGGACCCGACCGUACAACCGGAAUCUCUGAUUGCUAAAGUCCGCAAAGUGCCAGCUGAUCAGGGCGUCGAGCCUCUUGCGGACGGUCAUACCGGGUAUAGCUAUCACAUUCGAACAAAGUAUUACGACACGGAUGUCCUGUUUUGUGUUUGUAAAAGUACCACCGAACUAGAAGCAAUGCCAGCGCCUAUUCUGAAACAGACGGAAGGAAUAUUGAUAUAUUUCGAUUCGACGGAUCGCAAUUUCUUGAAACUGCUGCCAGAGUACGCUAGUUUCGUGACAGAUUCCGAUAUCGAAUUUGGUAUUCUGCUUUGCGCUGAGCUGCAGGAGGACAGCGAAAAGGGGAUUACUUAUCGAGAAGCGAAACAAUUUUGUGACGCUUUGGAUGUGAUAGAGCUUGAACCUAUUGGCGAGACGGAGGAAGGGGAGGCUGCUGGUGUGGACGAGCUGAUACAGGCGAUGCACAACUUUAUCUGGUCGAAUGUGAAUAUGACCCGGAAGAAUUCUAGCGUCGGCGACGCUGGUGGAGAAGAGCCUGCCUUGCAAGGAAGCAGUACUGAAGAGGGCGAACUGACUGAGGACGAGCGAAGGGCCGACGAGGAGGUGAAGGACUUUGAAAAGCUACUGACACAGUUGAUGCAGUUUCGAACAAAUACGAGCUCCUGGACCAGGAAUGAACGGUUGGCAUAUGCACAGGAGUUUGCUGAAAUUUUUGACGAAAUGAUCGCGGAUGAUGACUGAAAGCUGAUCGGCUUGCUUGUUUGUUUUGUUCCAGUCUUAGGGGAAAUGCAUUCCAAGGGACCGAAAAAACGUUGUGUUCGGUGUACACAUUGCUCGAACUUAUUUAUUGUCAUAAUAUGCGUAUUUUACUUUUAACACUAUUAUUGAGAAACGUUAAUCGGUUAGCAGUUUUCCGUCUAUAUAUAGGAUAUAUUAUUAAAACAUAUUAAACGAUUAAAAGUUUAUAAUUUAA